GGAGAUUCGCGGUUCUUGUGCUCGACAGUUGUGCCGAAGGUUAUUCUGUUUCCAGUCCUCCUUGAAAUUGUGUGUAAGGGGGUUGCGGGCUAAAGCGUCGAGUUUUGGGUGUGAAGAUCCUGUUGUGCGUUUGGUUGCCUUGCGGUGUUGCUGAUCGAAGAAUAUGGAUCCUAACAACCCCUACAAUUACCCCUACCCUCAUCAACCUGGCAACAAUCCUUAUUCCCCUCACAAUCCUGGUGAGCCUUACCCUGCUCACAAUCUUGGCGAGCCUUACCCUGCUCACAAUCCUGGCGAAUCUCACCCCCCUCAUAAUCCCAGCGGAGAUAAGAACCAAGAUAAAGGUAAUUACGGCUCGUCUCAGCAAUAUGGACAUGGACACCAUGGAGGCUAUCCGCCUCAACAGGGGUACCCACCGCAAGGGUACCCUCCGCAGGGUGGCCAUGCCUACCCCCCUGGUGCUCCUGCUGGGUACCCACCUGCAGGAUAUCCUCCUGCAGGCUAUCCGCCUUCAGGCUAUCCGCCUUCAGGCUAUCCGCCUUCAGGCUAUCCGCCUUCAGGCUAUCCUCGUGCACAUGAUUCCCAUGGAUCAUCUUCUCAUGCAGUUGGUGGUAUGGCGGCUGGAGCUGCAGCAUUGGCAGGUGCAUAUGGUGUUUACAAGGCAGGUUCAGCUGCACAUGGUGUAGUCGACUACAGUGACCGGAAAUUUAAGGGUGGCAAAAUCGGCAAGAGAAUUAUGCCUGGGAAGAUCGGCUUCAAGCCUGGAAAGAUCGGAUUUGGAAAAGUCGGGAAGUUUGGGAAGAUUGGGAAGUUCGGGAAGAUUGGGAAGUUCGGGAAGAUUGGGAAGUUUGGAAAGAUUGGAAAGGGAUUUGGAAAGUUUGGAAAGAAAUGGAAAUAGAUGAGGUUUCUCUCUUUUCACUGGACAAGGCUACUAGUUAUGUACAUUAAAAGGGUGGCAACUACAUGUGCAAUACAGUACAACACCUGUUCUGAAUAUUCUUCACAACCAACUUUUGUAUGAUGCUCAUAUCAGAACUUGAUGUUGUGGUUUAGAUUGUCGACAGUGGCAGCCAUUAGCGCCGCCCACAUUGUUUAAGGACCAUCUAAACUUUUUGUCUAAUUUUUUAAGAAUCUUAGUGUUGAAGAACUUCAA